AUGGUCGGCAAGCGCAAGUGGCAGGAGGCGGAUUGGGAGGUGGCGCUAGCUGCGCAGAGCUACGUGGCCGUGUUAGCCGCCCCAGAGGAGGAGCAGGUGGCGUCGAAGCGUAAGUCUAAGGACAAGAAGGGUCAAAGGAAACCCACGAGACGCUCAACCCGCGCUCGGAAGGCACCAACGGACGAAAAAGAGAAGAAAAACGAGGACAAUGACGUGGUAAUGGAGACAGCGGAGGACACGAAGCACGUAGACCAGUUCUGGCUCGCUCAGCUGCAGGACGACGUGACCGAGGACAUGCUCACUCAGGAGGACGUGAGUGUCCACGUCACGUGGCUCAACCGCACAGCGGACAGACGCUACGAGGUCGCGUACGACGAGCAGGUGGACGUUGGCAGCAUCUUGUGCCACGUCUAUCUGCGUGAUCUGAGCACCACGGCGUUGGAGCUCACCCCCAAGUCGCUGGCAAGAGUGCAACGUUGUCUGACGCGUACUAAGGCCAAACUGGCGGGUGAGGACGUACCGGAGGACGAGAACGAAGAAGAAGACAACGAACGUCCUCCUCCUUCUCUGCGUCGAGCUGGAGAGGACGACGUCAAGACGUCCACAGGACGAGGCAAAGGCAAGAGCCAGAAGCUCAGCAAACGAGAGAUGGCGAUGCACAUCUCUCCGCUGCGAACGACAGUGGACGAGGCCAAGUACCAAGACCGAGAGCUGCUUGGCUCACAGCCCUUUGAGUCCUUCAAUGGAGACGUCUUUUCGGCCAAUCGUGAGGUCGUACGCGCUGUGCUGACCAAGAACAUCAAGCUGCUCCAGAAACUCACGACCGACACCGACGUGCACGCAGAGCUCAGCACGUUCGACGCUCCGCGCAGCACCGACGUCAGUCGUACUGCACUCCACUAUGCUAUCGACAACGACGACCUAGCAGCAGCCUCUCUAUUACGUCAAACGGACGAGAAGGUGGACAAGGAGAAGCUUGCAGCUGCUCCAGAAGUGGCUCUGCCUUCACACUCGACUGGGCAGCACACAAGUCGCUUCAGUGACUACCAUCGACGUGCUAUCAACGCCAGUCGAGGAGGGAAGGAAGGCAACAACGCGCUGCUUGAAGACAGCUACGCUCCUCGUGCUGCGAACUUGGCAUUGGACUAUCUAUGGCGUAGUCCGAACGCUAGCGUCGAGAUGCUUACGCUGCUGUACCCGACUGGGGAGUGGACGAAUGGCUACGUCGUGGGGAACAAUGUGUGUCACUUGGCACGCUGUGGCAACUAUCGACUUGUACGUAAAGUUGUGGAGACUCUGGAGAAGAAUGGAGGCUGGGGAUUCAAUGAGCUGCACCAUAAAGUGCUCGCUGAUGGCUUGACGGAUGGAAAUGUGCCAUUGUUGCCUCCGUUUCGAGCUGUUUCGGCUAUUAAACAAGCGCAUCAGACGCGACUGCGACCGUUGCAUCUUGCUGCUAUUAACCCGAACACCAAGUAUCUCGAGGAGCUCUGGGCUGUUGCAGGUGACGAGUUCAGUGCGAUUAAAGACGACCAAGGGUACGAACCCAUCCACUACGCGGCAGGAUGCGAAUCUCCUGAGCCAAUGAAGUUUCUUAUGGACAAACGCUGCGGCUUGUUCGGACGUACGAAGACGCGUUUAACGCCUUUGAUGUGUGCUCUGGAAGCAGGACGCGAGGAGACGGCACUCGCGUUACUCAAGUUCGCUGCCACGCCCGGAGAGAGCGGCGAAGGCGGCCGAGAAGUCGCUGACAAACUUGUUCGUGAGAAAGGACCAGGAGGCAAGCAGGCAAUCCACUUUGCAGCACGACACGGGUGUGCCAAGGUGUUGGAAUACCUUCUAACCGAGUGUGGAGGUGCUGCAGAGGUGAAUGCUGUAAGUGGAGGAUCGAAUAAGUCCACGCCGUUAACAUUUGCGGCGCAGAAUGGUCAUUUGGAGUCUGUACGCGUCUUGUUGUCCAACGGAGCGCGUGUGGAUCUGGGAGAUAAACUCAAGAAGACGCCGUUGAUACUAGCGGUGAAAAAUGGCCACACACAGGUGGCUGCUGCGCUCAUCAAUGGAGGCGCCAACGUCAAUGCUUAUGAUACCUCAGAGAACAGUGUGGCUCACUAUGCUGCGAGCUACGGGUGGCCUUCGUGUCUUCAGCUGUUGUGUGAUGUCGAGUGCUGA